ACACUACGCAUCGUGCGCAUCCAAAACCUUCUCCGUUCGUCGUUUCUGAUAAUAAUAUCGAUCUCUUCGAUUGACCCACCAGUCACCACCCAAUCGAUAUCACAGAGACCCUAAUUCUCUGUUUUCAUUCAUGGAUUUCUUCAAAUCCAUCAUAUUAGACGAUCCUGAGCCUCCAGUGCUCGAAAUGCCUCAAAGUUCGGAGCACGAAAAUCCAUCUCGAGACGACAAAGGAGGAGAAGUCGAUGACGACUCAGAUCAGAGCUUCCCAUCCCGUGAUCCCAAUUCAAACCCUAAUCCAAAUCCACCAUCCGAUGGCGGCGGCGGCGGCCGGUGGAGCUUUGCAGGUCUGGUCAAGACCUUAUCUACCAAAUCCGAGUCAGUACUCGAGACCUACCGUCGCGAUCUCAAGGAAUUCGGGUCUGGGCUGAAGAAUGAAACCGCCGUUUUUCGUGAAGUCGCUAGUCGCGCCGUGAAGGAACUCCCCUCGUCAAUCGAGGUUGGCGCGUCGGCAGCUAAGGGAUCUGUCGGUCACGCGAUCGACGAAGUGUGGAAAUCGACGGCCGAGAUCAUCUCACAAGGUAAGGACACCCUCCUCGCACCCUCCGAUGCCGAUUCCGAUACCUCUGAGUCGUAUAAUAAUGGUAAUCAGAGCUUCAAUUCAAGACGGUAUAGUCGGUUCGAUGCGCAAUUGCGCACAAUUCAGAAUGAUGUGAAUACGUACUGUGAAGAGCCUGAGGAUUUGGAUGAUUACAGUAAGUGGAAAUUAGGGUUUGUGUUGGAAGAGAAGAGUGAGGAAGUUGAGAACUUGAUUGAAGAAAAUGGGGCUAUGGGGGCUAUAUAUAAAAGGGUUGUGCCGAAUUCAGUUGAUCAUGAGACUUUCUGGUGUCGGUACUUUUAUAGGGUUUACAAGCUCAAGCAACAAGAGGAUGUGAGAGCUAAUCUUGUUAAGAGAGCAAUUGCUGCUGAGUCUGAUGAAGAAUUGAGUUGGGACGUUGAUGACGAAGGCGAGGAGCCGAAUGCGGCAUUGGAAGGUAGCACAUUGAAAAAUAAGGAAUUGGGUGAUAAAGAUUUGUCCCAGAUUGUGAAGGAGGAAAGUUCUGUUGAUGAAUCUGGAGUUGGUAGUUCAAGGGUUGUUGAUGAGAAUGCAGAUAAUAAGCCCAAUGUGGUUAAUGUGGAUGAGAACAAUGCCGUAGAACCGAGCAGUGAUGAUAGGUCUACUGAGAAAGUCAAGGCCGAAGAAACAUCUGAAGUGAGCAAGGAUGAGUCGGCAUCAAAAGCCGAUGAAAAGGUGGCUUUGGAUGGGAAGGGUGAUCAUGCUGAAAGCUGUAAAGAUAGUGAUGUUUCUGUUGUAUCAAGCCAGCCAUCGUUGCCCGAGGAGGACGACGACGACGAAGAAGACAUUGGCUGGGAUGAGAUUGAGGAUCUUGGGAGCAUUGAUGAAAAGAAAGAGAAUCUUGGUGGGAGCCCAAAUAAAGAUGUCCUGAGGAAGCGGUUGAGUGCCGCGGAAGAAGAAGAUGAGGAUUUGAGUUGGGAUAUUGAAGAUGAUGAUGAGCCUGCAGUGAAAGCUUAACGUGAAGUGAAUGUUAAUAAUACAUGUGCUUCACAUAUAUUGCAAUUUGUUCUAUAUUUUUCUUCUGUUAUAUUUGUUCAUUGUUAGCGUUUAGUUGGAUAGGCCUGGGGAUAACUUUCCUCUAUAAUUGGUUUGUGAAGAAAAUAUAUCAUGUCACUGUAUCUUAGUAUUGAAAGUUGAAGCAAUUGUGUGCAUAAUAAAAUUUGUUUUGUCA